CAGGUUUCGUCCCUCUCUCUUUCUCCUCUUGAGAUAUUUUUCUCUUUCUUCCGCCCUCCCUGCGUAUUGUUCUGUAUUACUCCUAAUGCAGUAGCCUAGCCUUGUCCCAAAUUCUGCUUUUCCAUCCGACGGUGAUCGCUGCAGUUCUGCGGUUGUAGAUCGCCUUGCUUUUUCGUCCAGCGAAUUCCUUAAUCGGUUGUUGCUGGAAGAUUGAAGCUCGUAUGGAUCGAGAAGGAUGUUCCAACGCUGCGUCGUAUUGCUACUACUCCGUUCUAGGGGUUCGCAAGGAUGCCUCCUCCUCUGAUAUUCGCUCAGCUUAUCGGAAGCUAGCUUUGAAAUGGCAUCCGGAUCGGUGGGCGAAGAAUCCCUCUGCCGCCGGAGAAGCCAAGCGCCGCUUCCAGAAAAUCCAGGAGGCUUAUUCAGUAUUAUCGGACAAGGGGAAAAGGUCAAUGUACGACGCCGGGUUCCUGGAUCUCUUCGAGGAAGAUGAGGGGAUGGGGGACUUCCUGCACGAUUUAAUGAAUAUGAUGGAGCAAAAUGUGGGCGCCAAGUUGAUGAAUCAUGGGAGUGAUUUAUGUUGGCUGAACAAAUGGAAGGAAGAGAGCAUGGAGGAUCUACAGAAAACAUUUGUGGAUUUAUUCGGCGAGGAUCUGGCAAGCAUGGCACAGGAGAUGAGUGGAGAUCCAAAGAUGGCGAGGAAGAGGGCGCAAGCACACGAUGCUACACGAUCAACAUCCAAGCCCAACCGGCGCUAGCACUGUCAUUCCUCUGCCUGCCUGCCAGCCAUAUAACAUAACUCCUUCCUUCAUUCAGGUACCUUCAGCUGUAGCAGGUUCAACUUGUAGCUGUAGUCUUUACCGAUUGAAUUGCCUGCUGCCUGCAUAAACUUAUUAAAACUUCACAACUUUUGGUGCUUUCCCCUUGCAAACGGGGUGGCUGCACAUUCACAUUGUUUCACCUGUUUGUUAUCGUAUCUUAAUGUAAAUUAUCUAUUAUAAAUUAAUUGAAACCCCAAGAA